CCGGUCCCCGCCAUCCGCGAGGGUGGGCUCGGAGCAGGCCGCACCGGGAAGCAACCCCACUCCCACCCCGGAGGCCCCCUGCCCUUUCUCCCCCUUUACCCCCGGCCCAUGGUGCGAGGCUGGGAGCCGCAGCCCGGGCCGGACAGCGCAAUCUGUGAAGGGCACAAAUCUGGAAGCACCAUGCCUCCUAAUAAAGAGGCCAGCAGUCUUAAUAGCUCCCCUGCGGGGCUCAUCUGCCUCCCUCCAAUCUCUGAAGAGCUACAGCUUGUGUGGACCCAAGCAGCCCAGACCAGCGAGCUGGAUGGCAAUGAACAUUUGCUACAAACCUUCAGCUAUUUUCCCUACCCCAGUCUAGCAGACAUUGCCCUUCUCUGCCUACGGUAUGGGCUGCAGAUGGAGAAAGUCAAGACUUGGUUCAUGGCUCAGCGCCUUCGCUGUGGCAUUAGCUGGUCAUCUGAAGAAAUAGAAGAGACCCGCGCGCGAGUCGUCUAUCAUCGCGAUCAACUCCAUUUCAAAUCCCUUCUCUCAUUUACUCAUCAUGCAGGAAGGCCCCCAGAGGAGGUGCCGCCUCCACAAGUGCCACCACCAGAACCAACUGGUCUUGGAAUAGUGCCCCUGGCUCUUAGCGAGCCCACCCAGAAAGCAUUGAAGGUAGAGCCUGAGGAGUCCUCCGAGCCACUGAGUCACCAGAAAGCAAAGGAGCCCCCAAUGGCACCAGGAAGUGGGGCAGUCCCAUGCCAAUCAGAUUUUUGGCAGGAUCGUCAAAGCAGUGGCCUCUCUAAGAAACAGGCAGGCAGGGGUCCCAACCAGUCACAAAGUCUAGGUACUGCUUCCUGGAACCACUCCCCAUCUGUCCAGCAGCCACAUACUCGGGACAAGCCCCCACCAGUCUCAUUACUUGCCAGUAGGUGUAAACAGGAGUCAGCAACUAAAGUGACUCCUUCCUCUACCUCUUCCUCUUUCCAGGUACUGGCUAAUGGAGCUACUGCCACCUCUAAACCCCACCAGCCACUGGGCUGUAUCCCACAGCCACUGUCGCCCAGUGAACAGGCACUACCCCCACAUAUGGAGCCAGCCUGGCCGCAGGGGCUAAGGCAUAACUCUGUACCAGGUAGGGUUGGCCCUGCAGAGUACCUUUCCCCAGAUAUGCAACGCCAGCGAAAGACCAAGCGCAAAACCAAAGAGCAGCUGGCUAUCCUCAAAUCGUUUUUUUUACAGUGCCAGUGGGCACGGCGUGAGGAUUACCAUAAAUUAGAACAGAUCACUGGUUUACCCCGGCCUGAGAUUAUUCAGUGGUUUGGUGACACACGCUAUGCCUUGAAGCAUGGGCAACUAAAAUGGUUUCGGGACAAUGCAGUACCUGGUGCCCCUAGUUUUCAGGACCCAGCAAUUCCCACACCACCGCCUUCAACCCGCUCCUUGAAUGAAUGGGCUGAGACACGGCCUCUGCCAAACCCCCCACCCCCCCCAGACAUACGGCCCUUGGAGAGGUACUGGGCAGCCCAUCAGCAACUGCGGGAAAGUGAUGUCCCUCAGCUGAGUCAGGCGUCAAGGCUUAGCGCCCAGCAGGUACUGGAUUGGUUUGACUCUCGAUUACCUGAGCCAGCGGAGGUGGUGGUUUGUCUAGAUGAAGAUGAAGAAGAAGAGGAGGAAGAACUGCCGGAUGAUGAGGAGGAAGAGGAGGAGGAGGAUGACGAUGACGAGGAUGAUGUGAUCAUACAGGACUGAGUUGGGGGAAGGGGAGGGGGAGGCGUGUUACUAAAAUGAACCAAUUUAGUAACUUUAAACAAAGAAACCACAUUUUAAAAAAUUACCUUGUGGCAAAAAACUGAAAACCUUUGUGUUCUGGAGGUGGGGGGUUGGGGAUGUAGUGAGGGUGGACCAGGGAGGAUGGCCAUAGGGCUCAAAAUGAUGUGGGGAUGGGAUGGGCAGAAACCCAGGCCUCUAUCUUCAGUGAAGAGAGGACCACGGAUCUGCUCAAAACCAGGGACUGAGGAAAGGCUCCUGCUCUCCUAUCUGCUGCUCUCUUUGUUGGCGCACUACAGAGGCCUGCCCUUGGCCCUGUAAGAGGACUGGCAAAGAGGAGUAAAGAAUUUGGAUUCAGUGACUCCAGUGCAUCCCCAGUCCCACCAUUUCCCCUGGAAUAUAAGGCUGCUUUGUACCCCUUCUUUUCUCUGCUAGCUUACGUCCAUGCUAGGAAAUACAGCUAAGAAUCUGUGUCCCAGUCUCACCACAUAUUUCCUCUUCCUUACACCAAUUUGACAUUACAUGUUUUACCUGUGAGAUUAUUGAGUUGCCCACAGCAGAAUAUUUUCUGAUACUGGGACCACCUUGCCUUGUACCUUUUUAUCUGUUUCUGAAAUCCCCACUCUGUUCACUAUUUGUCUCAGGGUAAAUCUUCCCCACGGAGCUUGUGAAAAAGUUUAAUAAUUGGGUGGAGAAUAAUUUAGACUGGAUAUUUAUUGGAGGUGGGAAUUAAGGGAGAUGUCCUUUAAAGUGAAUUAGAUUACAGAGGGUAGAGGAGAGGGAAUGGUUUUUGCUGUUCAGAAGGACAGUACAGGUAGGUUCCAGGUUUGGUUUUACAAACCUGCCUAGCUUGACUGAUUUUUCAUUUUGGUGGUGUUUCAAUUUGUGUCCAAAAAAGGAACUUUUUCUUUCUUUGUGGUCCUCUCUCUACAGGAUCUAUCUUGGGGACAGAGGGACCAUGGUCUUUAACUGAAUUAUUGCUGCUUUAGAAUGGUUUGAUCAGUUGGGGUCAGAUACAAAGAUAUCAAUGGUUUAACCACUUAGAAAUAAAAGUGGAAGCUCCAAGUUACUAGAAUAAUAAAAAAUCCAAAAAUAAAAUUGUUUCUCUUGUCCACUUUGCCACUUCUAUGGUUUAGAGAUUAUUGGAACCAAAUCUGUUAACAUUCUAGUUCGGUACACUUUUUUUUUUUUUUGAGAAGGGCAGGAUAUCUUGAAGUAAAAGGAUAAAAAUGUUAAAAGGCAGUAGAUAAUUAUCAACAGGCUGUUUCCCAGCCAUCAGACAGUAAUAAUUAAAACUUCUGAGGCUUUAGCAGUGAGCAGUGACAAUUGAGUCAUUCUCGGAGGUAACUGCACCUGCUACAAUAUACAUAGGCUCCUUCCCAGAAGAAGGUGUCUAGAAAUGCCUUUAAAAAGAAAUUCAGAGUACCAGAAAGGGGUAAUGGGAUUCUCUAGUUCAGCUACAAGGUUUUCCCCAAGAUGUAAUUUACUUCUGGUCAGAUGUCUCUGCAUUUUCCCAGAAUUUCUGCUUAAGGCCCUGCCUGCCAAUGGGUCACCCAUUUAAUUGCUCAUGGCUACCCCUAUGUACCUAAAGAAGAAACAUUUGAUCUAAGUAGUGUUUGCCCAUUCCACCAAUCUAAAGCUUGUAAUGCCAACAGGUAGCUGCAAUAAAAGGGCAUCCUCUUUAUUAUCUAUGUACUUUUGUAAUCUGAAAGUCUAUCUCCAGCUGUUCAAACAGAAAGGAAAAUAAACAUUUAAUAAUAAGUAGGCACAAGAAACAAUAGGCAAGUAGAGAAAGUAUUAUAAAUUAGAACAAGAAACAAGAGUUGUUGCUUAUUAACAUUGGCAAUAUAGCAAUGAGAAUAUAUCCACGGUUAAAAAUUGAAAUCCAAAAAUAAAACACAGUAUGUUACCCUCCCCUUCAAUGAUGUCAAAAAUUGUUUUGACUCCCUUUCAAAUUGCAAGAAUGAGGGAGCUACAUAUGUCUUGUGGGAGAGAUACAAACAUCCUGUAGCAUAAGCCUUAUAUAAAACCUGACCACUUUCCCAAGAGGUAAUACAGAGUGUAUUUGGAAGAGAUGAGGUACUGAGUGAAACCAGGAAACAAGGCAGGGAUACCUUUUCCAAGACCAUGGCCUCUGGUGGAUACUACAGGUCAUCCUUCAGCAGUGUGCAUAGAUCACAUUUGAAGACGGUCUAUCUGGGAGUGGUCCAUCCUUCUCUCCCCCUGGUUAAUCCCAUCUGCCUCUGUUGGUAGAGAGUCUGCAGCAGAGGACAAGAAGUCAGUGUUUAUGACAAAAAUGGCAAGUAAAGCCCUCUCAAGGCUUUACAUGAAGUUUAUCAGGCCAGUAAACAAUUGUUGCUUCCCUAUAGUUUUUCUCCAUUGCAUGAUAACUUCCAAACUAAGUUUGGAAGUUGAUACAUCUAGGGUAACCAAAGCUUUGUUGCUAAUAAUGAAACUUGCUGGAACAUUUCAGUUAAUAUACUAAUAAGGCAGAAUAUUUGAAAAUCAAGCUCUUUUGGAAGACUUGGUACCUGUAACUACCAUAACCAGAAAUGAUAAAC